UCAGCGAUCCAUGUGCUUCUUCUAGAAUAGACGGUCCAGAUCAAUCCUCCUCCCCCAACCCCAUCACCCCUGUGAGCAAGCCUCUUUCCCCUGUUUCGCCUCUUUCUUCCCACUCUUUUUUUCUUCGUAAUUUUUUUUUCAAAAAAAAAGGAAAAAUCAAUUAGCUUCUUCUGAAAAGUAUGGCGGUUUUCGAAGAGGAGAAGGUCUUUGAGGAGGAAGUCGACGGCGAGGAAGACGUCGACGACGACGAAGAAGAGGGGGAGGAGGAGGGUGACGAUGAUGAGGAGGAAGUGUUGAACAGCAGCGGCGGCGGCGGCAGGUCUGCGGCGGCGCCUAUCGACGUAGAAGACGAUGAUGAUGAAGACGGAGAAGGCGAAGACGACGAAGGCGAUGACGACGACGACGAUGAUGACGAUGACGACGACGAUGACGAGGAUGAAGAUGAUGAAGAAGAAGUCGAAGGAGAUGAAGAAGAGGGUGAUCUGGGCACGGAAUAUCUCGUGAGACCAGUUGGCCGUGCUGAGGAUGAGGAAGAUGCAAGUGACUUCGAGCCACAAGAGAAUGGGGAGGAGGAUUUUGACGAGGAAGAAGAUGACGAGGAUGAUGAGGGAAAAGCAGAGGUGCCACCCAAGAGAAAACGUUCAGGCAAGGAUGAUCCCGAUGAUAGCGAUGAUGGGGGAGAGGAUGAUGAGAGGCCAUCCAAGCGGUAGUGGUGCAGCCUCCUCAGAUUUCCAUCAGUCUACACAACACAUAGCUGUAGUUGGUUCGAUCAUAUCUCGGUCAUUUCUGUAUUAUGUUGGCAACACAUCUUAGGAUUUUUAUAAGCUGUUUCGAGACAGUUUGAAAACUUUACUGGUUAGCUUUAUGUGAGCUAUACUAGUACUAUUAGCUUAGAGUAGUUUCUUCUUGCACCCUUGAAGUUUUAAUUGGAUAUUCACUAAUUAUCGAAUGGUUCCUAUUUUAUGUAA